UGAGUUUGUAUAUAUGGUUUCGUUUGAGAAUGCCGAUAUGAUCCAUUAAUGAAUACUCAAAUGUAUCCAAAAGCAAUGAGGUCUCCUGUUCCACUUAUAAUAUUGUUCAUACUCAUAAGCUUUGGAGCAGGUGGAACACAGGGACAAACUAGAAGUAUCCCCGGCGAUGAAAUGGCAGCUCUUCGUGAUAUAGCUCAACAAUUGGCUAAAACGGACUGGGAUUUGAGUUUGAAGGAAUGUGAUGAAAAUGGAAAUUGGCAUACGCCGGUGAAGCACGACUUGUAUAACAGUACAGUCAACUGCAUCUGCCUUGGUGAUGGAUGUCACAUCAGCGCCAUGUACGGUUUCCUUCUAAUUUCCAUGUUCUUCAAAAUUCAUAUUCGCAUAUUACUCACUGAUACGAUAGAAAGCUUCAUAGAUCAACUGUGUGGUCCCAAAUUCAGACGACACACUAGAGGGACAAUUUUUGCUUUUAUCAGUGAAAGUCACUAGUGUUCGGACACUACAAUAGUUAGAUUAACAUAUUGGUAGAGGAGUUGAACUACUAACCUCCAUUCUCCUAGCACCUGAGUGCACACCUAAUGCCGAUGGUCCAAAGUUCUCUUGACGACACCCCAGAGCGACGUGGUUAACAUUGCUGCAUCACCUUUCUUCAUUAGCCACCAAAAUGACAAGUUUCCAAUUUUUAGUGCCAAUUUGGCCUACCGUAGAGUACCUUUGGUGCGUUUAUCUUGUAUGUCUCCCUAAACUCAUGUAUGGAGCAAUAUGUUGUAUUAUGAAAAAUGAAAAUGCUAAUAACAGUCCAUUCAAAUGGGCAGGAAAAGGAUAAAAGAAAACUCUGUUUGUUUAAAGUGUAUUAGAAGCGAAGUUCUUCUUUUUUUUAUUCUUCUUGCCUUAUUCAAUUAUAUCUACUCACAUUGUGCUACAGUCAUGCACUGAAAAAAAUGGAUUUCAGUCAUAAUUUUUUUACUUUCCCAAAUAAUCCCCAAAAGUUUGGCACUAAAUUAACGAACGCGAUUUUUUUUU